UCAGUCGGCCGACAGACGAAGAGGACGCGUCGCAUCAGCAGGGGUCAGCCGGUAGAUGAAGGCCAUCCGAAGAAACCGCCCCAUCGCCCGCCACUCCUCGCCACUGCCCCGCUCCAGCAGAUAGAUCACCUUCAAGCCGGCCUCCGAAUCACCGCCAAUGUCAAAGGCCAACACGUCCGCCAGCCCAAGUUGACGGAGGGCUUUGUGGAUGUGCUGCUGGACGGCGUUGAGCAGGGUGCUGUUGACGGUCUCCGCAGUGUGGCCCAGCAGCUCCUGUUGCCGAGUGCGGGUGGCGAUCUGCGAGCGGAGAGCGGCUCGUUUGGCAUCGUCAGUCGCCAUGGCCAUGGCGGCCAUCUUGCUGAUGGGCAAUGACAGGUCAAAGAGGUCGGCGGGCUGGAAGAGGGCAGGGCUGGGGGGACGGGACGAGAGCGCCGCACCAGUGGGUUGCAUCGGGAGUGUCCUGAGGUCUCAGGCGAGGGAUGGUGCUGAGAGAUCUGCAGCCACAGGACAGACACAAACAGCUC